AUCAGAAUCAGAAUCAUAAUAUCGGCUUAUUUGCCUUAUUGUUGGUUAUUUGCAGACAUGUCUCUUGGUCUCCUUGACUGUAUCCUACGGCUUUCCUGAUUGUCCCACGCGUCUUUUUCAUUCCAUGCAGCUUGAAUCGUCAGGAUUACAGUCGAUCAAUCUUGAUAUCCAGACCAAUAGGCGGCGAGCCCAGAUUGCAGGCAUGCCUUCAGUGACACGAUAUGGCAAUGACACGAGUAGUGUGCUACAACAGAUUGUCACUUCAUCAUCAGAAACGGAUACGUUAGACCAGCUGAUUCCAUACAUCAGAGACUACAGCUAUGGCAACAAGACCUCACAUCUCCUUAGCCAGCUGUCCGAUGUCGCUGCCGAACGAGAAGCUGAAAUCGAACGCCAAUGUAAUGCCAAUCAUCAGGAAUUCGCAAAGUCGGUUAAACAGCUGCUCCGAAUUCGCGAAGGCACCGUGACUUUGACAAACGAAACUCUUGAAUUGAACCGGUCCAUCCAGGCCAGCACCGAGGAGCUCGUUGAGCAGAAGAAAGCCUUGGUCGAAUGCCGCGGUGUCAGGCAAAACAUUGACGACGCCAGCCAUGCCUUGCAAGAUUGUUUGGAGGUGCUUCGGCUCGCCAAUCAAGUCCAAGAACUUCGUGAUCAGAAGAGACACUAUGCAGCAUUACGGGCGUUAGACGAAUUGCAAACUGUCCACCUACAGAGCGUCACUCAAUACAAAUUGAGUGAGUUGAUUCAAAAAUCGGUGCCUGCUAUUCAAAAAUCCAUUGCCGAAGCUGUCAUGGCUGACCUCAACACCUGGCUGUUUCGAGUCCGCGAAAUGUCACAAUACCUUGGUGAACUCUCCUUCUACAAUACCGACCUGCGCCAGCAACGGCUCAAAGAGCGAGCCGAGAAGAACCCCUACCUCGCCAACUUCAAGCUGAACUCCGCCAUCGAAUUGGUCGCAGACGAGCACGAAGAGUACGACCUCCUCAAGUCUGAGGAUCUCGAAGUCGACUUCACGCCGUUGUUCGAGGCUCUGCACAUCCACCGCUCACUUGGCCGGAUGGAUAAAUUCAAAGCAGACUAUGCCAUGAGCCGCCGAGCCCAGCGCGACCUUCUGCUCCAAAACACGAUCUCCCUAGUCGACGAAGAACUCGGCGACCUGCACAGCCUCCUCGAAGACAUUGCAGGCUUCGCCAUCAUGGAGCGCGCGACUAUGAAAAAAGUACCGGACCUGCGCUCCAACGCCGACGUGGAAGAACUCUGGGACUCACUCUGUCAAAAGGGCAUCUCGGUCAUGUCCAAGGCCCUCUCUGCCGUCGACAACGCCGAACACCUCCUCAAAAUCAAGAACCUCAUCUCUCUCUUCAUCCAAACAAUGAACACCUUCAACUUCAACACCUCGGCUGUGUCCAACUUCGUCCUGAUCCUCUUCGACAAAUACUCCGAACUUCUCAAGCAGCGCUUCAGCGAGGACUUUAUCGAGAUCGUGGGCACAGACGAUUACAUGCCCAUGCCGAUCCAGAACGCCGAGGAAUUCGAAAAGGUGGUCAACGUAUCCUGGUACACGCCCGACCGGCCCGUCCACGAAAUGACUUUCCCCACCGUCUUCCCAUUCUCGCAGAUGUACCCGCUCUGCUGCAUCGACAUCCGCAAUUUCCUGAACCAGUUCUACUUCUUCAGUUCUCAAGACGAAUCGACGUCCCCGCUCUCCGCCCGGAUCGACGCCCAACUACUCACCUCCCUCGACGACCUGCUCUGCUCCAAGGUCUGCGCAAGUCUCGUCUCGAAACUCUCGUCCCAAUACCUGGGCCAGAUCGUGCAGAUCCUCAUCAAUCUGUCCCACUUCACGACGGCAUGCCACGAACUCGAAACGCUCCUUGCCUCUGCGCGCGCAUCGACCCUGAGCCCCGGCCUCGCCAUCUCCCUCCGCGCCACGGCCCAAUUCUCGCAGCACCAAAAGACGGCCGAGAACCGCAUCUUCGAGCUCGUCAACAGUAAAGUGUCCGACCUCAUCGAAACAGCCGAGUACGACUGGUUGAGCCGGCAACCGCCCACGGAGCCGUCGAACUACAUCCUUACACUGACCCGCUACCUCGCGAACAUCAUCAACUCGGUAUUGCUGUCCCUGCCUUCGUCGCUCAAGGACCUGAUGCUCUUCAACGCGAUUUCCCACACCGCAUCCUCGAUCCUUUCUUUGCCACUCUCCCCGAGUGUCGAACGUAUCACAACGACCGCCAUCGCCCAAUUGUCCAUGGACAUUGGCCAUUUCCGGAGCUACGUCGAGACACUCCCAAACAAUUCCAUCUUGCUCGAGAGUCUCGAUGAACUCAUCCAGACCGUCGCGCUGAUGUCGACGGACCAGCCUGACGAAUUCUACGAUAUUUCGCUGCGCAACAAGAAAUACCGCAACGUCGACCCACUCAAGGGACCGCAAUUGCUCGAGAAAGUGGUGCACGUCAACGUACAGAGCCCGACUGUUGGCAGUGGACCCGAUCGCGGGAGCGGCGCCGGUACCCCGGGCGGCAGACAGAGUCCAGCCACCGGCCACCAGGGCAGUAUGAGGAGCAAUGCUACGUUCGCAGCGUUGCAGAAUAGGUUCAUGCACAGUGGAAGAUAAGAUUUUCAUUUGGGUGACGGAGCCUGAUAUGGGCGGGGGAUGGAAGAGUGCCGCGCUCCUUGAACGGCAAAACAGAUCAACCCAUGCGUAGCUGGUAUGGAAGAGGACAAAGCAGCAGGUGUUGCUGCAUAUAUCCGGCUAUGAGAGCCAAGAGUCGGUUUCUGGAACUUUGGUCAAGGGCAAACUGCACACGAGAAGACUUGACCAGUUGUUACUGUACAUCCAUGCUUGUAAAGCAUAGGAGCCAACCUCUAUCGCGGCAGCCGAUGUGUCGAGCGAGAGCGGGAUUAUAGCGGCACGUAUAACAUGAAGCAAUGGCUAACUUAGUGCUGAUUACUCCGUACUUCCCACCCCUUUUCAUAUAUCUGUACAAGCGAUAAAUUUGUCCCAAAGAUAGGUGGAUGGUCUGUUCAAUCAAGUCGGA